GAGACGGAAGUCAGACGUUUGUUGUACGGAGCACACGGCGAGCACGCUGCCGUUGUCUCAUGAACGGAUUUACUCUUGAUUUUAAGGUAAAGUAUCCCUCUCAAGACAUAAUUCAUGAUACAAAAUUAUAAUACUAUCAGCAUUUAGGUUUUCAUCAUGAUAUCGCUGUAACGUCAGAGAUUUGCAUUACGGCGUCGGCACCAACAUUGCCAACAUUACCGUUAAACUUAGCCUAGUGAAAUUAUCUGACGUUGGUAGAAAGUGAUUUAAUUAACUCAUCUAUUGAAAAGACUGUUACAUGUCCUUACCCUAUUGCUAGACUAUUGUUAAUUUUAAUGCAAAGGCUUUUAGCGAAUUAGUGUGUUCAUGGGCAUUAGCGAGCUGGCUAUGUUCGCUAUGGCCAUUAACAAGUUAGCCUUUCAAAUGAAUAGCAUUGCAUUGGAUAUGAUUAUUCUAAGGUUAAACAAGUCUGGCAAGUCGGUGCCCAUAUAGUUCAUGCCAGUGUCAGUGUUUAUGACAUUGUUUCAAGUAGUUCCUCCUAUAAUUCUACCAACAAGCAUGCGGAUACUGGCUACUGGGAGAUGUCAAGCCUGCAUUUCAGAAGCCCAUCACCACGCGUUUCAGCAUCUAGUUCAGCACUUAGUCUUGCUGAUUUAUACUUCUCAGCUGCAUUACACACUAAUAAUUUAUAGGAAAGAUGAAGGCUGACGUUACUGUACAAUGUAGGCCUAUCCUUUAUUAUUAUUAUUAUUAUUAUUAUUAUUAUUUUAAAUUCAAACAUGUUUAAUGUUUAGUCUGACUUUAUUUAGCUCCAACUAUGACUAUGUUCCCAAACUAUUAAGCACACAAAGUUAUUUUAAAACCAUAUUAACAUGUUUAUCUGUGUUCAGCUCCAGAUAUGACCGUGCUUGGCGGAUGGCAUCAUCACCUAUCAGGAUGGUCUCAGGGUUCACAAUGAGUGGUGGUGGAGCCCUUGGUAUAAGUGGUCCAACCCCAGCCUGGGCGGGGUAUUUGGGAAAAUCCCAGGACAAGUCUGUCCCAGCAGAGGCAUGUCCCUGGUGCGAAGCAAAGGGACAGACCGUCUCUCUACGGAGCUACAUCAUCAACCACGAGGAGACCAUCCGGCUCUGCCCAACCCCCACGUGUAUUUUCCCCCUGGUUAGCCGACCCCUGGAGGCUGUGUUGGCCAGCCUGUCCUCCACCCCUGCGUCCACCACACCUGACCAGAACCACUCCGGCCAGACCCCAUCUGCCCCAGAGAGCCCCGCGUUUCUGCCCCCCUCUGCCAAACGCCCCCGAACCGAAGAACCCAUUGAGGCCUGUUCUGUGGACACCAAUGGCACCAUACACCCUGACCAGUCCUCGCAGGUUGAGGACACCAUUUCAAAGCCGAACGCUGUGGCUAAAGAUGAAGGAGAGGCACCGGUGAGUGACGAAGAUAACGACUGUGAAAUGGUGUGCACGUCACCCGAGGAGCUGAUCGCAGAACCGGUGACGAAGGCCGCUCAAGAACCCCAUCCUCGCGUCUCCACCACAGAGGAGCGCUCUAAGGUUCCUUGUGUGGUGGUGGAACCGUCCGCGCUGCCUGCGGAGGAAUGUGCCAGCGCCGGUCCUCGCUCGCUUCAGAGCCGGAGCAAUCAGAGUUGGCUGAGUUCCCUGCUGCUGGCUCUGGCCCAGUGCAGGACCCUCAGACCGUUGUCCUUGGGGCGGUGGCAGCGAGGCUCCUGUGGGAGGAAGCGCAAAAUUCCCACUCAGGACGCGUCGCCUGUGCUGGAUCUGUGCGCACGAUAUGAGAGCGCCUCCGAUCAUCAGAUGGAUAGAGAAGGCAAUAGUCUCCGAAAUGCAGAGAAGCGGUUGACUGAUCUCAGAUCAUCCACCUUUCAGCUGCUGCAGCAUCCCCUUCAGCAGAAGCGAGAACUCAUGCAUCGGCCAGUGGAGGUUCCUGCUCUGGCUCUUCCAGUCCUUCUGGAGCUGGACAGCCAAGCUAAGGAGCUCUUCCAGCACAUGGUCCAGUGGGAGAGCCAGUGUCAGACCUGCGGCUGCAGCUCCAGCAGCAGCUGUACCAAUACUGCAUCAGCCUACGCAUAUCUGGUGUCUGAUUGGCAUCCACUGAGUCCCCCUGUCCAAAUCACUUGCAGCCGUUGUCAGAGCAUCAACGAGAAGAAAAUUCUCCAAGAGAGGGUACCCCCAGUGUUUGCCGUGCACUUUGCCGAUGGUUUCCCUCAGAACGAUGUUACCGCUUGCUCGUUUGGCUACGCAGAUGCCCAGUACGCUGCGACCGUGGUGAUCCAGCACAAGGCCAGCGAAGACCUCUUCAUCUCCUGGUCUCGCCAGACAGACGGGUCCUGGAUUGCGUAUGAAGAAUUCACAGAUCUAAGGGGCAUAUCUCACUCAAAAUUGGACAUGCCUACAAAGGAAAUCCACAUGGUCUUUUGGGAGGUUGAACCUGAAGACACAAGGAAAACCACAACGCAAGAGACCUCGAUUGUUAUUCUUCCGCCGACGGAAACUACUUCAGUUGAUAUUCCUCCGCCGACGGAAACUACUUCAGUUGAUAUUCCUCCGCCGACAGAAAGCACUUCAGUUGAUAUUCCUCCGCCGACAGAAACCACUUCAGUUGAUAUUCCUCCGCCGUUGAAAACCACUUCAGUUGAUAUUCCUGCGCCGACGGAAACCAUUUCAGUUGAUAUUCCUCUGUUAACAGACUGCCAAACAGAGGAGGAAGCUGUUGAAGAAAUUGUCCCGCCACAUGACCAGUCUCUCUCAACUCCACAUGAAGACACGUUUGUGUCAGCACUCAAGACGAGUGACCCCGGCGACAUCAGUCAGAUGGACACCUCUAUAAGUAGUGCCACACUGCUGGAUACCUUUGAGGGUCUGUCCCACAAUGACAUCGUCACACUCACUCUGGAGACAGAGAAGUUAGGACAACCUAAGGGCUCCAAGUUAACUAGUGAACCCUCAGUUCCUGAAGAGGCUCAGGUCACCGCAGUCUCUAGCCCUCCUGUAGUGAGGAGAAGCAGGAGGCUUGCCAGCAAACAGGUUGAGCGUAAGGACAAGCAGAGCUCAAAACGGAACAACAGCACUGAACAAUGGGAGAACUCAGAGCCACGAGCAAAACCGUGUACGCCGGAGAAGCCAAAAAACACACCAGAAGAACUGAAAUCACAGCCAGCGGAUUGCUUAAUUUCUCCAACAAAGAUCAUGGCGCAGAACACGUCAACACUGCAGAACACCACACUGUUCAUCCCAGCUCACCAGAUGUUUGGAGAGAACUCUGCGGCACCUGGUACAACUCUGUAUAUACCAGUGGCAGGUGAAAUGGCCCAGAGUCUAACUUCGCAAAUCAUGAACCUGCCAAACUCUGCACUCUUGUCUGUUCCUUCAGAGAACCUUGAACAGCAAAUCCAAAUGACACAGAACCAGUCACCAGAGACUCUAGAAGUGCAAGAAGCAACAACACCAGCUUCGUCCAAAAAGAAACCUAUACCUAGAAACCCACCUAAAAAGAAAAUAAAAGGACAAGUAUUAGUAUUUCAAAGCCCAGAGAAAACAGUUGUUCAGAACUCAACACAGUCAACAGAAAUGGCUGUGCAAAACCCAGCAGGGCCUACAUCUGGGACAAAUCUGUCCCUUCGCACCCCAACAGUACAAAGUUCAGCGCAGUUGCUUCAAAUGUUAGAGUAUCCAACAUUUUCAGAAAGCCUGAACCCCCUUUCAAUGCAGACUCUAGCAUCGCAGAAUCAAAAUGUAAAAACCCCAAGCCUAGCAACACAAAACACCCAAGCAACCCACAUGCCUGCAGUGGAAACUUCAACAAGGAAAAACCCGCCACCACCACAAACCUUAGACGAUCUCCCACCAGACACUAUAAUCACAUUAAACCUAGACAUAGAAAUGGAUUCAACUGAACCGGGUCAGUUGCAACCACCAGAGAUUACCCUCCUGUCAACACUAAACACUCCCAGUGGGCAAGAUCCACUCAGGUCACCUUCAGCUAAUCAGAACCCUGAACCGAUGCCCCCUACUGAGCAGAAUAUGAAAGGGCAGACCCUAGUGAUACAGAGCACAACACCGCCAACAACAGUGAUUGUAAACCCAUCACCACAAACUUUAUCAAUACAGAAUCCAGCAACGCAACCCGCUGCAAUGGAUAACCCAAUUCCUCAAAGUCUAGUCCCAUUGAACCUGGAUAUGGAAAUGGAUUACAUGGAGCCAGAUGAACUACCUGAGGAGCCAGAGGUCAUCCUCCCAUCAAUUGUGAGUACCCAUCCUCAACAUCAUCCCCCUGCAACGGCGACUUUUCUAGAGACUCCACACUCCACACUUCUCCUUCCACUUUCUACCCAGUCUUCAUCCACAACUCGUGUGUCCCUCAAACGUGAGCCUUCUCCCCCUCAACCGUCUAAACAGCAGUCCAGUCUCCCAGUGCGACCUCAGCAGAAGAUUGCAAAGACAGUGACUCCCCCUAUAGUCAAACUGGAAAACGCAAAGGCAGCGGAACCCCCUAAAGUCAAACUGAAGCCUGACCUGAGCAACGCGCCUCCUGUCAAACCUCACAUGUUCACAGGUUUCAAGUUCCACCAAAAGGGGGCGCCCAGUAGUUCAUCAGGGCAGGAAGGUCCCGCCGGUGUGUUGGCAGGCCUUACCUCCAGGCACAACGCUGCUAAGCCAUCACCGACAAAUCCCUCACCACUCAGCGGUGCUUCCCAGAAAGCCCCUCUUGGAAAAAUGGCCCCCGCCAAGCCUGCUGCCGCAGCUCUUAAACCACGACCAGCAGCAGCAGCGUUGUUGAAGAUCAAGAAAGACCCGGACCAGGCGUCGGCGGCCGUUCUAGAGGACGUAAAGACGGCUGCUCUGAGGCUGAAGCUGCUGAAGAAGCUCAAGGCCAAGAAGAAGCAGCUGGCCGAGCUGGACCAGAUGCUGCGGCAUCGAGGCAUGGUGCCCCUGUCCUGCAGCGCACCGCCGAGCGUGGCGGCUUUCACCACCUCCACCGACACCAGCCCGCCGUCAUCCAGCUCGCAGGUAACGUCUCCUGGCACGCCGUCGACGCCGUCCACCGUGUCCUCGGACGGAGCGGACAUGCUGGACAUGUUGGUGAAUGGCGGAGGGGAUGCGCUUGGUCACUUGAUGGCUCCCAGUGCUCCGGUGAAAUCCCAGCAUGCUCCCAGCGUUCCGCUCGGCGCGCCCUCAACGUCAGCCCCAAGCACCGACUUCCUGACUAUCGAUGACUUCCUGGAUGAUGUCAUCUUUGACACCAGUGUGACCGAGAAGGCGAUGGAAAACAAUGACUUUGACACACUGGACAUGUUUCUUUGAGUCAGAGAUGUUCUGUUAUGCCUUGAAACCCUUGAAACUUAUAUCAGUGUCUCUUUCAUGAGCUAUGUAAAAAAAUAUUUAGGGUUUAGAAUGCAUUAAUGUGUAAAGUUUGGUUUAUUUAUGUUGUAAAGUUGGUCCAGAAAAAAUGGAAUUUGUAAUUCAAAUAAAAUAAUAUUUUUUUAGACUUUGCUGUCAAUCAUGGGAAAUUUGUCCAUUUACAUUAUGACCUUGGUAUAAAAACGAAAUCAAUAAAAUACAUUAUUUGAAUGUCAGUUAGAAAAAUGUGCACGCUAUCACUAAAGCUAGUCUGCACAGUAGAGUUGUGUAAAUUCCCUAUUGUUACCACUAAAUAACUGACAUUUCUCCUGACUCAAUUUUAGUUAUACAAAUGCAGUGAUUAGGAAUUUUAAUCUUGGACAUGUCAGCUGGUAAAUGCUGCAACAGCAGUAACUGAAAAAAAAAAAAAAAAAGACUGGAUGAUUCUGUUUUUUUUUUGUGAAAAUACAUCUUGGGAUCAUUUGUCUAAUGUGGUCUUUACCGAUGUGGUAUUAAAUGUGGCUUGCAGAUGUGUUUUGCUCCAUAAACCAUCAUGGACUACCGAAGGGAUUGUGCAUAUGGUAUGCAAUCAGACAUAAUUACCUUAUUCAAAGCCAAUGAGCCUAGAUUACCCUGACUGAAAAUCCGAAAUCUUGCAAACAAGGUGCUGCCGUGCGUCAGGUGGAGGAGCAGUGCCGCUGAUUGUCUUGUAUGUGAAAUGGAGUUUCUCCAGUCUUUCCUUUUAAGAAGCGUGUUUUUUUAUUAGUAUUAUUUAUUUUAUCUUCAAAAAUGUCUUAGAAGUAACAGAAUCUGAUUAAAUAAAUGUGUUUUGACCCAG